AUGGCGCCUACGGAAUCUUCAAUUCUGGGCAAUUUUCUGCUCUCACCGGCUCCUUUGCCGACAAUCAUGUCGUUACAGCAGUUUACGGAGCUCUUUCCAAAGCGUUUGCGGUCUCACCCGCACAUUAGAGCGCUCUACCGCGAACUGCAAGAGCUCCGGGAAAAUGACAUGGACCUUGUCAACGGUAACAUUGACAAGGAGGUUCGCCACGGGGAAACCCAAAAGGCAGAGCUCCGGAAGUCCGUCGCCAAGACAGGUGUUGACGGACUCAGCUCUAGCGAUCAGCGUGAGAUGGAUAUGGAUGUCCAGUUGUUCGGACAAACAUCGUCUUCCGACUAUCAUUCACCUUCCAGUCUCCUGGAUGCCAUGGAGCAGGCCAUAUCAGACAUUGACCGCCAGGUUUCUGAGACUGAUGAGGAAGCAACAGCGAUAUUGGCUAUGCUCAACAACACGGUCGGAGAAAUGAGCGACUUGCGCUACGGCAAAAUGCAGGGCCCCGCCGGCACAAGCGGCGAAGAAAUGGUGAAUGAAGCCAUCCGAGGCUUGGGUCAUCUGGAAAAUGCGUGCUACCAGUGCAUUCUUGACGACCAAUAUUUCAAAAUGCCAUCAAUACCCCUCUACCCUCGCGCGUCUAAUCCCUCCGCAGGCGUCAACAAUCCCCUCCCUCAGCUUCUGCAAACACCCUCCGGUCUCGCGCUUCUUGAGCUCCAAGGCACCAUCAACCUUCCACCGCAAGACAACGUUGAAAACAAUGAGUCGUCAAGGUCAUCACCCGAUGGCCCCAGCAAUCCCAAUGCUGCCCCCGUAUUCGAAACCCCAAUCGGCAAACUCAUGUUCCCCGACUAUUCUCCGCAGGUCACGGCACCAGACGACACAAAAUGGAUGAAGAGGGUCUAUCUAUAUGUUGGACGGUAUCAGCGAAUGACAGGGGAGGUCAAAAAGCUACCACAGCCACUUGCAGUGGUGCAGCGGAGGCAGAAGGAACCGGGUGCGACGGCUGACGACAAAGAAGAGUUGGAGAUUGUCGAGAUCGUGAAGUACAAGAUCUACUUUAAGAGUAGGCCGGAGCCUGUCAAUGAUAUCUGA